GUCUUCAAUCGAAAAGGAUUACCAGGAUAAAUAACUAGGAUAACGUUACCAAUUGGGAAUUUUCUCCGGCAUGAUGCAAGUGCCUAUGCAACGCUGCGCGUGCUUCUUGACAGUUCUGGUGCUGCUCUGGAGCGGCGGCUUGGCACAGUUGCAGGUCCAGGCCCAGAGUGGGUAUAACUAUGGUCGCCCCGAAGUGGCAAAUGUUGGAGGUGCCACCGCUGGAGGUCGCCUGACUCCUGGUCCAUAUCCCACUGCUGCUGCCAUUCCGCUGACCCCAGCUCCAGCCACCACUGCUUAUGGCGCGGGUUUAUUUCCUUCUCCCGCCGUUGGAUUCACGCCCAGUGGACAGGCUACAACCGCUUUUGGGGCUCCUGCUGUUGUGGGAGCCAGUAACGCCGUUAGCCAGUCGCGAAGACCUUCAUCUGGGGCAUUACCCACUCCAUCAUCUCGCAGUGGACCGUAUGGACCGCAAACUUCACAGUACGGCAAUAAUCCCAGUGGCUCUCCAAUCCGAGUUCCCAGUGGAACUGGAGACAACGGGGACUACAACGAAGGCGACGGCGAUUACUCGGCAAUUCCGGGUGUGCCUGGAGUGGAUUACCCCAUUUACGCCCAAGUGCCACGAACCAACUUCGACUGCUCGCAACAGCCCCUGCCGGGAUACUAUGCCGACAUCGAGGCCCAGUGUCAGGUGUUUCAUAUCUGUGCCCUCAAUCGGACCUACUCAUUCCUCUGUCCAAAUGGCACAGUAUUCAGCCAGGAGACGCUGGUCUGCGUGUGGUGGAAUCAAUACGAUUGUGUCUCGGCUCCCAGCUUAUAUGCUAAUAAUGCUUAUAUCUACGAUUAUUCUGGAGCAAGUGGCUCUAAUCUGGGAACGUCCAAUGCUAAUAAUGCAUAUCGUCCGGCUGCUGCUAGCACAACUGCUUUCGGGGCACCAGUUGCCACAACCGGAACGCUUCGGGCUACCGGAGUACCCCAGGUGGCUGGAUAUAAUUCCGGACGAGGGUCCUAUCCUUCGGCCACGCCCACACCAGCUGCCCAGGCUCAGAGUCCGUACGGUUCAGGAGCCGUGCUUCGAACCGCCAUCGUCCCAAGUGCCGGAGUCAAUCGAUUACCGCCCAGCGGAGCUGCUGUCGGUCUCCUGGCCACCGCCGCUGGAGCUCUUCCCGAUAACUCGGUGGCUGGCUUCGGCCAACAGCCGCAGUCUCAGUUGGUAGCAAGCGGCAAUCGGGAGUAUCUGCCACCAGCCGGUGUUGGACAGCAACAACGGCAGCGCGGAGGCACCACUCCAUAAGUAUCAGAACACUGGUGAACCCCUGGCACUCGUACCCGGUUAAAUGGCAUUAGACUUAGCGACCCUAGACAUAGCAUCUUUUUAGAAUGUUAGGAGCUCCAAACAUAGAAAUUAGUAGUUAGUUUUUAAAAAUAUUCAUUCAAAUACACUAAAAAGAAACUCUAAGCAAACAAAAUUGUCCUUUAAACAUAUUCUAAGAAUCGAAGCCUUUCGAGGAAUACAAAUUGUAUCUGUAUCUGAUGGGAAAAUAAAUUCUACCAUAAGGUAGUAAUAUUUAGAAAGUUUAUAUUUGAAAGUUAUUUUUUAUAAAAAAUAUAUAACAUUUUUGUAAUUGCUACCAACCUAAAGCAGAAUGAAAAUUUCUAUUAA